AUGGUUGUGGAACAAGAUGAAUCAGUUCACCUUCCACUCGAAAUGAUAGAAAUCAUCGUGCCAAAAUUACCAGUUAAAUCUCUUCUUCGAUUCAAAUCAGUUUCCAAGUCAUGGAAUACUAUGAUCUCCGAUCCCGCGUUCGUCAAACAUCAUCUCCGGAUAUCGAAACAUUCGAACCCACAUAAUCUUUUCAUGCAAAAGCAUCCAAACUCUAAAGGGUUUUUUUCUUUAGUUAAAUUCGAAGGCCGGAAGUUCCGAACCGUAAAAUUACUAGAAUGCCCCUAUGCCUGUGUUAAGUUCUUGGCCUUCUGCGACGGCGUGCUACUUUUAUCCGACAUCUCUUACAAGAAAUUAACGUUGUGGAAUCCAUCCACUCGACAAACCGCAAACUUUGAGUUCCCAUAUGCGCAUUGUUGUUAUCCAAUGAGCUACGGGCUUUUUCACGAUCGAACCGUUGGUGAUUUCAAGGUAGUUGUUAUAUGUAGGGACCACUGCGCAAUUUAUUCGUGCAAGGACAAAGCGUGGACGAGGAAGCGACGGAUUCAAGAUAUUGGUCUAGUACAGAUUGGUUCCGGAGUUUGUGUCGACGGGGUUGUCUAUUGGGUUAAUCGUUGGAGUAGUGACGGAACGCAUAUUUUAUAUUUCGAUACAAAAGAUGACGACGAGUUGAAGGUUUUGCGGAAACCGGAAAAUGUUAACUUAACGGGCAAAAUGAUCGACUUGAUUUGCUUGAGAGACAACUUGUGCAUGUGUUGCAUUGGUAGAGGCGUGACGAAUGUUCAAAUCUGGAUAAAGGAAAAGGGCUCUGGCAAUAGUACUUGGAAGGAGUUGAUGACUAUUGAGAAUGUGCAGACGCGGGCUUCUUGUUUCGAGCCACUACUGCAUUUUGUCGGGAAUAAGAUUUUAAUUGUAUGGAAAGAUUCAAAGUUAGUCGUCUACAACCCUUCUGAGAAGACGUUUGAAGAAGUUGACGAUAGUGUGCUUUCCGGACGCGGAUUUUUUCCGUUUACGGAGAGUCUUUUCUUCCCCAAUCAAAAUAAUUAA